AUGCCUACUGCAACAACCACGAAUUCUGCAAUGGCUGGUAUUAAGAGAAAGUCCGCACCGGUCAAGAAUGUUCAUGUGAAAGAGAGCAAGAAGCCAAAAAUUGAUUCGGGUAUGAAACCUGCGUUGAAAACGAAGACGCAGUCUGUACCAGUAAGGAAGGUUGAGGAAGCUGUUGAUGAGGAUUCUGAAGAUUCUGAUUCCGAUGGAGGUGUUUCUCUAAAUUUCGAGAGUGGUGAUUCGAAGGAUGUCGACUCGGUUGACUCGGAAGAGCAAGAAGAAGAAGAGAACGAUUCUGAGGAGCUCCCAACGUCUACGGACGGCCUUCACCCAGAGAGAGCCAAAGCUGUUGUAACGAACAGCCAGUCUUCGAAGGAAGCUCAUGCUAAACAGAAACAAUUGGCACAAGAGAGAAAAGCUGCCAAACCUUUGGCGGACCAAUUGGUCAGGACGAAGAAGAUUUGGGAACGCCUACGUCGAAAAUCACAUGUCCCAGCUGAUGAGAGGAAACAAUUGGUGACCGAACUCUUCGAAAUCAUUACUGGGAGGAUCAAAGAUUUUGUGUUGAAGCACGACAGUGUCAGGGUGGUUCAGACUGCAAUCAAAUAUGCCAACCGGGAGCAGAGGCUGUUGAUUGCGGGAGAGCUUUCAGGAACAUAUCGCCAACUCGCUGAGAGCAGAUAUGCGAAGUUCUUGAUUGGGAAGCUAUUGGUCCAAGGAGAUGAUAAAAUCAGAGAUAUUAUUGUCCCGGAGUUUUUCGGAAACGUUCGUCGACUCAUAAAGCACCCAGAGGCUUCCUGGAUCUUGGACGAUAUCUAUCGGGGUGUUGCAAGUCGACAGCAAAAGGCAAUCAUACUGCGAGAGUGGUACGGUGCUGAAUUUGCACUGUUCGAAAAGGACAGCACCGAGAAGGUAUCUGGCGAUCUCGUUAAUAUUCUAGCUGCGAAUCCUGGCAAGCGGGCUCCAAUUAUGCGUUCGCUUCAAGAAAUCAUAAAUCAUCUUAUCCAGAAGAAGAUGACUGGAUUUACGCUUUUGCAUGACGCAAUGCUUCAAUAUUUCCUCAACGUCAAACCAGGUACGGAAGAAAUCACGGACUAUUUGGAGCUUAUCAAGGGUGACGAGGAGGGAGAUCUACUCAAAAACUUGGCCUUCACAAGAUCAGGGUCACGAGUGGUCUGCCUUGCAUUGGCAUACGGAACAGCAAAGGAUCGGAAGCAAAUUCUCAAAACCUACAAAGACACCUUACAAUUAAUGGCCGCCGAUCCCAAUGGUCAUAUUGUGAUCCUCACAGCCUACGAGGUUAUUGAUGAUACCGUGUUGACCUCGAAGUCAAUCUUCCCUGAGUUGAUUACCAAGGAUGCUGAGAAACAAGUCGAGAACAUUGUUUUCUCCGCGAAUGAUAUCAAUUCUCGGACGACACUUCUGUAUCUCUUCCAAGGCAGAUCAAAAGCCCUCUUUCCAGCCAGUCUCGCUGCAGAUAUCGAAAUCCUAGAAGAGAUUGAUAUCAUCCGGUCAACAACAAGUAAGAAGGACCCUGAAAUUCGACGAAGUGAGCUUGCGAAAGCACUAUCGCCAUUUCUUCUCAAGGCCAUUGAAUCGGCAGCGGGGGAUCUGGUGGCUUCAUCUUUUGGGUCUCAAUUCGUGACGGAGGUACUAUUUGGGGCUCAGGGGGACAAGUCCGCGUCACUGAAAGCAGUCGCUGAAACUGCAGCCGGAGAUCCUAAAUACCUUCAACCUGCAGCCACUGGGGAAGGAACGGAAGAUUCCCAACCUCCGUCCCAUAUUGCAGCGACUCCUUGGGGCGGGAAGAUGCUCAAGGCUCUCAUUGCAGGAGGGCGUUAUGAUAUCAAGACGAAAACAGUCGUGCCAGUGGAGCCUGCUCUCAACUUCGCCGACAUCUUGUACCCAAAUAUCGAAGACUACAUCAUCGAUUGGGCCACGGGAUCAAGUUCUUUCGUCAUUUUGGCACUUACGGAAGCAAGCAAUUUUUCAAAGAAAGAUGACUUAAUACGGAUACUGAAGGAGAACAAGAAGAAGUUGCACAAAGCUGCUAAAGAAGAGACGCCUGAACAGAAAGCCAGGAGAGAAGCAGCCGUGGCUGAAAAAGACGUUGUCAAGGGCAAAGGGAAGAAGUCAAAAGCUGUCAAAGUCAUAGAGAUCGGGAAUAAGGGUUCUUCGCUUUUAUUGGAGAAGUUGUAA